GGGAAGGUGGCGGCGGCGGCGGCGGCGGCGGCGGUUGUCCCGGCCGGGCCGGUUGGUGUGGCCCGUCAGCCCGCGCUCCGCAGCGUCCGCGCCGCGCCCAGCGCAGUCGAGCCGCGGCGGCCAGGCCAGGCGCGGGCGGCGCGCGCUGACGGAGGGCGGCGGCCGCGGCCAGGGCGGCCCGUGGGACCGCGGGCCCCCGGCGCAGCGCCGCCCCGCUCCCGCUCCCGGCCCUGCCGGCCUCCUCCCUCGGCGCCGCGGCCAUGGCGGCCAGCGCGAAGCGGAAGCAGGAGGAGAAGCACCUGAAGAUGCUGCGGGACAUGACCGGCCUCCCGCACAACCGAAAGUGCUUCGACUGCGACCAGCGCGGCCCCACCUACGUGAACAUGACGGUCGGCUCCUUCGUCUGUACCUCCUGCUCCGGCAGCCUGAGAGGGUUAAAUCCACCACACAGGGUGAAAUCUAUCUCCAUGACAACAUUCACACAACAGGAAAUUGAAUUUUUGCAGAAACAUGGAAAUGAAGUCUGUAAACAGAUUUGGCUAGGAUUAUUUGAUGAUAGAUCUUCAGCAAUUCCAGACUUCAGGGAUCCACAAAAAGUGAAAGAGUUCCUACAAGAAAAGUAUGAAAAGAAAAGAUGGUAUGUCCCUCCAGAACAAGCCAAAGUGGUGGCGUCAGUUCAUGCGUCUAUUUCAGGGUCGUCUGCCAGUAGCACGAGCAGCACGCCUGAGGUCAAACCACUGAAGUCUCUUUUAGGAGACUCAGCACCAGCACUGCACUUAAACAAGGGCACGCCUAGUCAGUCCCCUGUUGUAGGUCGCUCUCAAGGGCAGCAGCAGGAAAAGAAGCAGUUUGACCUUUUAAGUGAUCUUGGCUCAGACAUCUUUGCUGCCCCGGCACCUCAGUCAACGGCUACAGCCAAUUUUGCUAACUUUGCACAUUUCAACAGUCAUGCAGCUCAGAAUUCUGCAAAUGCAGAUUUUGCAAACUUUGAUGCAUUUGGACAGUCUAGUGGUUCGAGUAAUUUUGGAGGUUUCCCCACAGCGAGUCACUCUCCUUUUCAGCCCCAAACUACAGGUGGAAGUGCUGGAUCAGUAAAUGCUAAUUUUGCUCAUUUUGAUAACUUCCCCAAAUCCUCCAGUGCUGAUUUUGGAACGUUCAAUACUUCCCAGAGUCAUCAAACAGCAUCAGCUGUUAGUAAAGUUUCAACGAACAAAGCUGGUCUACAGACUACAGACAAAUAUGCAGCACUUGCUAAUUUAGACAAUAUCUUUAGUGCUGGGCAAGGUGGUGAUCAGGGGAGUGGUUUUGGGACCACAGGUAAACCUCCUGUUGGUUCUGUGGUUUCAGUUCCCAGUCAGUCAGGUGCGUCUUCAGACAAAUAUGCAGCCCUGGCAGAACUAGACAGCGUCUUCAGCUCUGCGGCCACAUCCAGUAAUGCGUACACUUCCACAAGUAAUGCUAGCAGCAAUGUUUUUGGAACAGUGCCCGUGGGUGCUUCUGCACAGACACAGCCUGCUUCUUCAACUGUGCCUGCGCCGUUUGGAGCUACACCUUCCACAAAUCCAUUUGUUGCUGCUGCUGGUCCUUCUGUGGCAUCUUCUACAAAUCCAUUUCAGACCAAUGCCAGAGGAGCAACAGCCGCGACCUUUGGCACCGCGUCCAUGAGCAUGCCCACGGGGUUCGGGACUCCGGCGCCCUACAGUCUUCCCACCAGCUUCAGCGGCAGCUUCCAGCAGCCUGCCUUCCCGGCCCAGGCUGCUUUCCCCCAGCAGACGGCUUUUUCUCAACAGCCCAAUGGUGCAGGUUUUGCAGCAUUUGGACAAACCAAGCCAGUGGUAACCCCUUUUGGUCAAGUUGCAGCUGCUGGAGUAUCUAGUAAUCCUUUUAUGACUGGUGCGCCGACAGGCCAGUUCCCAGCCGGAAGCUCGUCAACCAACCCUUUCUUAUAGCCUUAUAGAGAAGAGACACUUUACUGGAACGAACUUUUACGUGGUCACAUUACAUCUCUCCGCCUCUUGCACUGUUGUCUUGUUUCACUGAUCUUAGCUUUAAACACAAGAGAAGUCUUUAAAAAGCCUGCAUUGUGUAUUAAACACCAGGUAAUAUGUGCGAAACAGAGGGCUCCGGUAACAACUUUUAACCUGUGAAUUGGCAGAAAAAGGUAGCGGUAUCAUGUAUAUUAAAAAUUGGCUAAUAUUAAGUUAUUGCAGAUACCACAUUCAUUAUGCUGCAGUUCUGUACAUAUUUUUCUUAGAAAUUAGCUAUUUGUGCAUAUCAGUAUUUGUAACUUUAACACAUUGUUAUGUGAGAAAUGUUACUGGGAAAAUAGAUCAGCCACUUUUAAGGUGCUGUCAUAUAUCUUGGAAGGAAUGACCUAAAAUCAUUUUAACCAUUGCUACUGGAAAGUUACAAAGUCAAAAUUGGAAGGUUUUAUUCAUUCUUGAAUUUUUCCUUUCUAAAGAGCUCUUCUAUUUAUCCAUCCCUAAAUCCUUAAACUUGUAGAGGGGAUACCUGUCUGCAUAAUGAAGCUGAUCAUGUUUUUGCUACAGUUUGCAGGUGAAAAAAAUAAAUAUUAGAAAAUAUGCUAUCGUUUUUGUGUUCUUGCUGCAAUGCCUUUACCAAAGUGGCCUUAAAAUAUGAGUAGUGAAUUGAGAACAUCUUGAAUUCUUAAAUUAGAAUUUCAGAAGACUUCUAGUGACUUUUAUGUCUAAAAGAGAAAAUUUUAUAAAAGGCCAUGUAGAAAAUUUAUUAAAACUAAUAUGACUGCUAUAUUCAGGAAUAUGUCAGUGGUAAAGCAUUUCAAUGUAGCUUGUCAGAUUCACCGUAAUCCUUCUAAUUUCUUUACAACUUCUUAAUUUUGUGAAAAUUUGUAUAUAUGAAGAAUUUGCAUGUAUGUGUAUUUACAAAUUUUUUUAAGUAUCUUGAAUUCUCAGACUGCGGAAGUCCUAUUUUAACUAUUGAUUUUUAAACAAAAAUACUGUCUUUGAAUGUAUUGGAAGCAGACAUGCAUUAACUGUGACAUGAUUGCACCUCAGUUUUUUUUUUUUUUCCUUUGGAUAAACUGAUAUUAUUAAAAUAGGACAUUUAUUUAUGUUCAUUUCUGGGGGGAAACAAACUGGAACCCAGUGUUACCUUAAAGUUAUAGAAUACCUUGUUUAAAAAGGCAUUGAUACUAAUGUUUAGUUGUAUCUUUUGUUAAUAGUCAAGACAUGAACGUGUUUAAAUAUUUAUGUACAGUGAUGCCUCAUUCAUCAGGACGUAAUCUAACAGUCUCAUCAAAACUGAACCCAGCUGAGAAGCUUGGAAUUUUAAUUUUUAUUAAAUGCUUUUGAGCAAUGCACAUAAGCCACAGUCUCUAUGUGUUAGAGCUCAUGCAUUUGUUUUUAUGUGAAAUUUUGAUUAUUUGAUUUCCCAGCUCAUAGCAUACUAGCAAUUCAGAAGUGAUGGUUUGAAAGGAGAUAGAAGAACCAUGAACAACUGUCACCCAUCUAGUGUAAGGAUGGGCCAGCUAGGCCAGCCCCCAUCUUCUGGCAGUAGUCUGUUACUAGGACUCUGUGUCAUCAAGAAAAGGUAACAUUACAUAUGCAGAUAUGUAAUACAUGUUUGAAAAGUUUCAUCUUACAAUGAUUAAACAUUUUUGGAAAAGCUUUGGUAUUAACGGAAGUGAACAUGAGUUUCUUCAGACAUUUUAUUUGUGUUAAAUACCUUUUCUAGUGACUACAUGAGUCAUUGCGCUAUCGUAAAGUCUGUGUAGUGUUUCAGACUUGUUAAGCGCUGCUGUCCCACGUGUCUGCAGUUCCGUGUGUGGUUGAUGAGCAGGAAGACUGGGAAAUCUCUGCCCCUUUUCGAACAUUAUGCCUCUAAGAAUUGAGUGAGUGUGGCAGAGUCUAGGUGUGUGUGUGGGUGUAUACUUGGAAUACCUGCAGUUUGGGGGUAUUCUCCCUCCAGCCCCCUUUUCAUGGAGGGAAUACUUAAGAAAUGUCUUCGAAUUUCUAUGCUUUAGACUGUAUUGGGUCCCAGUCAAUUCAUAUGUACGAAGUCAUGCUAUAUGACUGUAGGCCAUUCCCGAAAUAACCUACCAGGCUUUCCAUCUGAGAAAUAAGUAAAUUAAACAGUUGUUAUUAAAAUAAUUUUAAAGACUAUUUUCUUUUCCUGGGUAAAUCUUGAAGUUUGUAAUUAAAUGAGAACUCUCAAUUAUUGACUUACUACUUUAAAUGAGGGCUUAUAAAAUCGAAAUGCUUAGCUUAAAAAGUGAUCUAGCUUUAACGUGGAUUUAAAUCCACUUCUGUUAGACUUUCAUACUCAGGUUUGCUUUUGGUUUUCUGUAGACCAUCUGAGUUGUGUUGAGCGCUGAAGAGAAAAUCCUCGGAAGCCAGGAGGCUGGAGACCAAGUUUUCUGGCUUUACUGGUUCAGUCAGAUCUCUCCUGUCUCUGCUCGGGAAAGAACAUUUUCUUGUAGGGUGGUAGCCAUUGUUGAUACAGUGUAAAGGCAUAAUUUAUUUUCAGUUUUGUGACCACAGAGAUGAGGUAAUCACUUUCUUCCUUGAAACCAUUCCUUUUGUCAGUUUGAGGAAGCAAAUCCUGUGCUCUGCCCCUGAGUUGCUCUUGCUGCCAGCACACACCUUCCAUACAGGUCCUAGAAGUCGGAAAGUGGAGAGGAGGGCUUUCGGUUCAGUUCAGCCGUGUCGGUCUCAGGACCGCAACUCUUAAAAGUUUUCGAUGCCCAAAGAGCCGUUGUUUCUAUAGCUUGUACCUGUCAGAAAUUACUGUAUCAGAAAUUAAUGCGGAGGUACUUAAAAAACGUGUUUAUUCAUUUAUAACAAUAAUAAACCCAUUGCACGUUAACAAAUGCCAUUUUUUAAUUAAAAAAAAAUCAUUGUCUUCCAACAACAGUUAAUUAGAAGAACACCGUUUGAUGUUUUGCAUCUCUCUUUACUACCUGGCUUAAGCAACAGUGAGCUUCUCCCACCACUCUGGCUUUCCAGCUGUGGUGGCAUCACAUAGGACGUGGGCCCUGGGAAAGCCCCCUGCGCCCCUCUGAAGGCACGCGUGAAACAGACCUGUAACAUCUUCAUGUUGUGAUGAAAAUGGUUCUGACACUUGGCUUCUGGGGACUUUUCAGAAGUCCUCCAGCCAUACUUGGAAGAGCACUGCCCUGCCCUUGCAGCGUCUCUAGGCAUGCUGCUCCUUACUCUUCUAAGUGUUUUUCUCUGCGUGGUGGGGAGAAUGGGAAUUGGAGUUGAAACUGCAAACAUUUUUAAUACCAUUUUCUGGACUUCCUCCCAUUUUUAUUUGAAAUCGUUUUAAUAAUGAUGAAAUGGGUGAAUAUCUCCUCGAAGGACAUUACUAGUUCAAAUGUGAGGGUAUGGAUGUUUAUUUUGGAAUCAUUUACAAUUCUGACCACUUUGAAAUUGUGUCAUUGAUUUGGGGGACUAUCAAAUAGCUAUUUAAAAUUUUUUUUAAAUACUUGGUGGAGGAAAAGUUCAAAAUGAAUAGUUUCUUUUCUCUCAUGUUUAAAGUUAACAUUUUAGCUAUAGUUAAAGAACUUUUUUUUAAUGAAAAGUGGAUUCCUCUCACUACCCUCCAGGAAGGCCGCGGUUACAAUUAAAGGGAUGUGUUUACUGCUUAAGAAAGAGGUUUGCGAUGGUUUUCCCACCAAUGCCUUUUUAUACCUUGUUCAGUUUUAAAGAGAGCACUUUCUGUUGCUUCUCACUUGAACAAAAUGUUUUGAAAUUCUGUUGAAGUGACUUUCUGAAAGAUGGUUUGCUGUAAUUAGUCACCACCAACUCUGGCUGUGUGUCUGCUGUUGUCUGCAUACUGUAAAACGUUCUUUUUUGAGAGAAUACUCCAUUUCCACCCCCAGGCGGGCCCUUGGCCUUGCUUCCUGGGCCUUCUUCACCCAUAUGUUUGUGUUCCUUCAUAGAACUUGUGUGCAGAAUGCCUCACCUCAUCUUUGGCCUCCAAUGACAGACUGACGUCUAUCAGAAAAUUAAUCCCUAGGAGACUGUUGUGAAGAGGAUCCGUUUUUUAAAAAGUAAUGACUUCCAAAUAAUGUGUCAUGGAGUGUGGUUUAUUGAGCCCUUUCCACGUAUGAGCCACUUGCCAAGUGCUGUUCAUGUAGCACGCGAUCCCGAAAGUGGGUGCGGGGAGCAGCGCACAGGGCGCGUUAAGCUGACAGCAGGGCUGGUGCUCUGGGGAGCGAGUGCUUCAUUGCUGGAUUGAAAGGCUGUCAGAUUCGUGUGCAGGUAGCCUUUAAAAAGAUUAAAAAAAAAAAAAAAUUCCAAGAGCGUUCAUUUCUAUAUCCCAUAUACCUUAAUACAACUUACUUAAUUUGGGUUCCGUUCAGAAUUUGAUGAAAUCAGCAUACUUUACAAAUCUCUAGGCUUUUGAGUAAACUUUACAAGUAAAUUAAUGAGGUCAUUAGUGGAGCUUGUUUUAAACUGAAGAGGCAUCUGAAGGAGCAGAGCGAUUCCUGUUUUAUGAAGCAUUCCAACGUGUAUUGCUAAGGUUUGUGCCCUAGACAGUUUUAACAUACUUUCUAAAGGAUGCUGUUACUGAAAUUUAUGUAAGAUUAGCCUGUUACGGUAAAUUCAUCCUCACUCGUUAAGGUUUUCUUUGUAUUUUUAACACAUUUUAAUAUAUGACCAAGAAUUGGCAGUACUGUGCUGGUGAGACCUCUUCCAGUCUCCUGAGCAAGUGCCCUGUUCUGCACUGUUGGCUGAUACUUGUGGUGGAAAUCGACUCACUGUGGCUGCCGCCACCUCUCCGUCUGAUGGCACAGGCUUGGGCGUUAGAUGGACACACGGCCGGCACCCAGGCCUUUGCAAGCCAGCUCCAGCCCAGCACUCCCAGUGCACAGCCCGCCCGGUAAAUCCGCUGGUGAUCGUGUCCAGUGUUGAGAGAGGCUUUGUUUUCUGUUGUGAACUCAGCAAGCGCACGGACACUCGCUUGCGUGUAGAAAUGUUCGGGGCCCUGACGCAUUUCAUCUGGAAAGACCCCAGUAUUGUGAACCCUGGUGUUAAAAGUCCAGUUACUGUGCAGUGGAGGGGCCUGCGCAUCCAUGGCGUGCACUCCGAAUUCCGUCUGUGGUCUGUGUGACCGGCACAGUGUCCUAACAACUUGGACGUUGAGUAGUCUUAAAGGGCACGUGUUCUCCGGGCGGUCAUUAGCCUGCUCCCCCCAAUUUCCUUAGUCUCAAACGUGCAGAUGGGUUUUAAGACCUUUAAAGUGGCAGAUUCUAUGUCUGUAAGAGGUGAUCUUGCACCGCCUUGCUGUUCGGAAUUUGGAGUCCUGUAGGAUUUGAAUUUGUGGUGUUCCUUUCCAAUGAAGACUUUUGCCAACAGUGUGUUUCUUUUCUAACUUGUGGCCUCUAUAUUUUCUACUUAUUUUAUGCCCCGGGAUCAGAAUUCAACAUGUAUUUGAAUGUAUUUUUGAAACCUGUGCUCGUCCAACUCAAAGGGCUGUGGAGUUUAAUGAAAAGAGAAUGUUGUGACUCAGGCUUUUGUAAAAAGGAAACGUGAUCUUGGAUAAAACAUUUAAUUAAGCGAUGAAAAUGCCCGUAUUUUCAUUGGUUCUCUGGAAUCUUGAGUACGUGUCAUCCUGGCUACAGUGUAAGCAAUGAGAGUUAAGAUUUAAAGUCUAAAUUCUCAACAUUGUCCCUAAAUCUUGAGUGGAGAGCUAGAAGAAGCACACACCCAAGGAGCCUUCUAAUUUUGACUAAAUGACCAUGAAGUAAAAGGCAGCAAAGGAUGUAAACUGAUGCUGUAUAGUCAAUGUUUCGUAGAACGUUGUGGGUACAAUCAGGUUUUUUAAAGACUUUAACUUGUUUUAUAUGUUAUAGUACAUGCUUAUGAUUUUUAAAAAUUAUGCAAUAUAUAUAAAGGGUAUAAAGUGAAGAAUUUACAUCUCGUCUCCUUCCUCUGACUUCAUUCCCACACCACAGGGGAAUAUCGUUUCUUGUAUUCUUGUAUAGUCUUUGAGAAAUGUUAUCAUUUAUUUCAUAUGCCUCUAUUUACAUAUAUACUCCUCGCUGUCCUCCCUUAUUUUAAGUGUACAAUUUUGUAACUUGGUUCUUUUUAUUUAAUUUGGUUAUCUUUACAUAUUAGCACCUCCAGCUCUAACACAUUAUUUCAAUGGCUUCAGGGUUUCAUUAUAUGGAUAUCCCUUUUGAAGAGUAUUUGUAUAGAUUUUUCUACUAAAAACAUUAUUAAAUUGAGAAUAUCCUUGUGCAUAUAUGAAGAUACGUCUUGACUCUGCCUGACUGGAAACUCAAUAAAACAGACCUCAUUCAAUUUUGA